UUGGCAACUAAUCUCUCAAGCCAACAAUGUACAUAAAAGAGGAAUAAUGGUUGGAUUUUUAUCGUGGAUUUUUACUAUGUUCCUGUGUAAUUUUAAGAAUUUUUAAUACUAGACGAGAACAAACGUAUUGCUUUGAGGUUCUUCCCGUUUUCACGGGCAACAGAACCGUCGGGAACAAUUGAAACAUUCGGCAUUUUUGUGGUCUCCCUGGCUUGAGAGAUCUUCGUGGAUAUGUCGGAUGUUGUCACACAACGCAAAAAGGGUUCUGGUCUGCCAUCAGAUAAGAUUUGUUUACAAUUGAUUUGGGUCACAUUACCAGUCAAAAGACUAGACUUUUUUUUUACUCCUGAUGAUACAGCUGCUUACAUUUGUCAGUAUGUCUUUGAUCACUGGCCAGAAGAAUGGAAGGAGGCUACAGUAACUUCAGCCAAUGUACUAAAAUUAAUUCAUCAGGGAAGAUUUCUUCAUGGAAGUGUAUCUAUAGGAGCUUUAAAUCUUCCGUUAGGGAAGCGUAGUGUGAUGCAUUUAGUGGCCAGAGAAAAUUUACCCGAGCCUCCUUCACAAGGUCAAAGCAAGAGAGAUAACUGUAAUAUUUUGUAG